CGGAAAUUGGGAAAUCGCGAAUUCCAAAAGGCGACCAGUGGGAUCGUGGGCAAUUCGUUUUCUUACUGCGGACUCUGCCAGCAUACCGGCAUCUGAAGUGAUUUUCCGUACUUGGACUUUUGCCGGCCCCAAGGUACUCGACGGGUAGGUACAAACGAGGCCUGCAGCAAGUCUCUCCUCCACCCGUUUUUCUCGAGUACAGUGGCAUUUCUAAUGCGCACGCCUGAACCACGCAGACCACGCUACCAACCUACCUACCACACCCUGAGGCACCUCACCCUAGCCCGUCGUUCCGUCCAACGUCGAAAAUCUGCAAAGGAGGUCAAUGAAGGGGAGAACGACGGCGAGAGCACACGAACCGACUGCUGGCUCCGAACAUUGCGGUUGAGACUGCCGCGGGGAAACCAGGGACCCGACUCGACGCCCACGACGACUCGAUUUUGCGACACCGACCCGCUCGAUCGAUCGAACACGGAUGCGAAUUCGUCGCCGACGACACGGGAGAAACACAUACAACCGCUACCCCUCCUGCCCGCCGAGUAAAUGCCCCUCAGCCAGGCCGACGCCGACAUGUCCAACGGUCAAGAUGGUCACGCCCACCCGCCGGCGUCCCUGAAGAAGGGGAAGCAGAAGAAGGCGGUCGACUCGAACGAGUCUGCAAAGCUACUCGCGCAACGCAUCUCGCAGCUAGAGCAAGAAUCAGCUGGAGAGAAGGAUCAGGAAGCUGAGAUUGAGCGCGAGGUCAAGCGUGCGAACCGCGAUUUGGCCCAACAGGUGGCAAAGAUGAGCGAUCUGCAAAAGAUUGAGCAUCUCACCCGCCGGUCCAGCGAACUGCUAGCCGACAUGCGCCGUGUGGAGCGCGAGAACCAGAAGAACAAGAAACGCGGAGACGCCCUGCAAAAGGAAAAGGAUGCGAAUCGCACCGAGCUCAGCAAGACGGUUGGCCUGAAGGAGAAGCUCGAGAAGCUCUGUCGCGAACUGCAGCGGGACAACAACAAGUACAAGAACGAGAACAAGACCCUCCAGGACAACCUGAAGCACAACAGCUCUGCGUAUGACGAGAAGCAUGCGGCCCUGCUUGCCAAGCUGGAGGGGAUCCAAGAAGAAAAGGACCAUCCGCGGAAGCAGGUUGUGGACAUGAGCGUCGACACCUUAUUCAAGAACCGGUUCAAGUCCUUUAUUGAGCAGUACGAGUUGCGUGAGCUGCACUUCCACUCCACGAUGCGCACCAAGGAGCUGGAGGUGCAAUACAACAUGGCGCGCUACGAACGAGAGAAGAAGCUCGCAGAGGCCGAGUCGACGAGAGCGCGGAAUCUUCAGGCGCAGGUCCAGACCUUUACCAAGACGGAGACGGAGCUUCGGAAUCAACUCAACGUCUACGUGGACAAGUUCAAGCAGAUCAAGGUUGAGGACACGCUCAACAACAGCAACGACCUCUUUCUCACGUUUCGGAAGGAGAUGGAGGACAUGUCCAAGAAGACGAAGCGGCUGGAGAAGGAAAACGAGACGAUGAAGCGCAAGCACGAGGCGACGAAUGCCAACAUCAUCCGCAUGGCCGAGGAGCGCGAGGACUGGCGCAAGAAGGCGGCCGAGGCGAUCAAGAGAGCCGAGAAGCUUAGGAGCAUCAUCGAGCAGAUGCAGCAGCAGGGCCGCAAGGUUCCGCCCGGAGCGGCGGCGACGCUGGAGAGUUGCUACUCGGACAGCAACGGCCACAUGGACGGGGACGGCAGCGACUACUCGGACGAGGAGGAGGAGGGCGAGGAGGAUCCGAGCGAGUUUGACGAUGACACGGAGGAGGAGCCCCAGCCUGGAGAGCCAGAACCCCCCAGACCCUACGGUCCAGAGAGACCACCAGUACCCCAAGCUGCAACGAACGGCCACUAGGAAUCCGGACAGAGCGUUUCGGGGGCUACACCGGUGGGGCCUGCGUUCGAUGCCCAGUCCACCAGCGAGACGGCCGCCAUCCUGCCCAUGUGGCAUCACAAGAAGAAGCACGUGUCCCUCAAGCAGAAGACUGGCCGUGUUCUUUCACGAGUCGGGCAUUUCUGCCAGGCAAAGAUGAAUGCGCUGUUGUCGGUCUUCUCUUAGGACCGUUGUGCCCUCUAUCCUUAGUCUGGCACUCAUUGAUGUCUCCCAAUGGGUUUGGCUGGCACGAGGGGCAUGGCCGUCAUGAUUUCUACGAGCAAACAAGCACAGGGGUUGAGAUGAUGAUGGUCCUUGGCAAGCUCUGUCUAGAUUAGCAGC